GGAACACAAAAAGAGUUCUGCCAGCUUGAAGCUGAGAAUAAGAUCCAGUUCUUCCAAUAUGACGCCUAGAUGGCUAUCCAUAAUCAACUUCAUUGCUCCACGAUCGUCCUCAAAGUCAAGAUCUAAGAUCCAUUCCAAUUUUUGGAAGGAAACUGGACCAAAGCUAAGGCGGGCUCUCAGAGAUGCCAUCAAGGAGUGA